AUGACAUAUUCAGCUUUAUUUAUGAAUCAAACAUUAUCACAUGGAAUCAGAGAUGUUGAACAGCAACGUUUAGUCGUUUGCAAUCUAGAACUAUUUAAUCUGUGGCGGAUUGUAAAUUUGUUGCAAACUGCAAACUUAUGUGAAAUGGUGUGUGAGUUUGUGAAAGCUUUGUUAAGAGGUCAUGCAUCAGCAUUCAUGCAGGACUCAAUUGCAAUUAAACAAGGAAAAAUCAGUCAAUUCCAAUCACAAAAAAAGUAA